CCCGACCCCGCCAGCCCCGGCCCGCGCACUAACCCCACCCCGGCCCUUCCCGCGGCCGCAGACAAAGGCCUAGGGCCCGGAGCCUCGGAGCCCAAUGGGGUCGCGGCAGACGCCUGCGGCGGGCUCCCCCUCCCCGCGCUUGGGCUACGGCCUCCGGGUCUCCGCGCGCCCUGCUUUUGUGGCCGGAUCGGUGCGGGCUGUUUACACGCAGGCAGCCAGGCGUGCAUCCCCGGCUGGCGCGGACCCGGGUGGAGGAUCUGCCCUCCCAGCUCGUGACCUUGUGUGUGUGUGGGGGGGGAUCCACCUUCCCUCUCGAGGGUCUGGGUCAUCCAUGCCGUGGGCAGAUCUGCCUGGCAGCGUGGGCAUCGGAUGAGAUGCGGCACGGGAAGCCCGAGCGAGGCCUGGUGCUGAGGAGGCGCGCCAUCAGUGCCAACCGUUAGCAUCGUCGCUGCGAUGGUGGCCACCGCUGGCCUCAUUCUAGAGAUGGGGAGAAUGGAGACGCAGCCUCCUGUCGCCAAGGUCACUGCAUCUGAGUGUCGGAGUGGCCAUCCCUCAUGAAGCACUACAGCCCCACCGACUAUGUCAAUUGGUUGGAGGAAUAUAAAGUUCGGCAGAAAGCUGGAUUAGAAGCUCGGAAGAUUGUAGCCUCGUUCUCGAAGAGAUUCUUUUCAGAGCACGUUCCUUGUAAUGGCUUCAGUGACAUUGAAAACCUUGAGGGACCAGAGAUAUUUUUUGAGGAUGAGCUGGUGUGCAUCCUAAACAUGGAAGGAAGAAAAGCUUUGACCUGGAAAUACUACGCAAAGAAAAUUCUUUACUAUCUGCGGCAACAGAAAAUCUUAAACAAUCUCAAGGCUUUUCUUCAGCAGCCGGAUGACUAUGAGUCUUAUCUUGAAGGUGCCGUCUACAUCGACCAGUACUGCAACCCUCUCUCCGACAUCAGCCUCAGAGACAUCCAGGCCCAGAUUCACAGCAUUGUGGAGCUCGUGUGCAAAACUCUGCGUGGCAUCAACAGCCGCCACCCCAGCCUGGCCUUCAAGGCAGGUGAAUCCUCCAUGAUCACAGAGAUAGAACUCCAGAGCCAGGUGCUGGACGCCAUCAACUAUGUCCUGUACGACCAGCUCAAGUUCAAGGGGAACCGGAUGGACUACUAUAAUGCCCUAAACCUGUAUAUGCACCAGGUGUUGAUCCGCAGAACAGGAAUCCCCAUCAGCAUGUCACUGCUCUAUCUGACCAUUGCCCGGCAGCUGGGAGUCCCGCUGGAGCCCGUCAAUUUCCCAAGCCACUUCCUACUAAGGUGGUGCCAAGGCGUAGAAGGAGCAACCCUGGACAUCUUUGACUACAUCUACAUAGAUGCCUUUGGGAAGGGCAAGCAGCUGACUGUAAAGGACUGCGAGUACUUGAUUGGCCAGCAUGUGACGGCAGCACUCUACGGCGUGGUAAACGUAAAGAAGGUGCUGCAGCGGAUGGUGGGCAAUCUGCUGAGUCUGGGCAAGAGGGAAGGCAUCGACCAGUCCUACCAGCUCCUCAGAGACUCCUUGGACCUAUACCUGGCGAUGUACCCAGACCAGGUGCAGCUUCUGCUCCUCCAGGCCCGGCUCUACUUCCACCUGGGCAUCUGGCCAGAGAAGUCUUUCUGUCUUGUCUUGAAGGUGCUUGACAUCCUCCAGCACAUCCAGACCCUCGACCCCGGGCAGCACGGGGCGGUGGGCUACCUAGUGCAGCACACGCUCGAGCACAUCGAGCGCAAAAAGGAGGAGGUAGGCGUGGAGGUGAAGCUGCGCUCUGAGGAGAAGCACAGGGAUGUCUGCUACUCCAUCGGGCUCGUUAUGAAGCAUAAGAGGUAUGGCUACAACUGUGUGAUCUAUGGCUGGGAUCCCACCUGCAUGAUGGGGCAUGAGUGGAUCCGGAAUAUGAAUGUGCACAGCCUACCACAUGGCCACCACCAGCCCUUCUACAAUGUUCUGGUGGAGGAUGGCUCCUGCAGAUAUGCAGCCCAAGAAAACUUGGAAUAUAAUGUGGAGCCUCAAGAAAUCUCACACCCAGAUGUGGGACGCUACUUCUCAGAGUUCACUGGCACACACUACAUCCCAAAUGCGGAGCUGGAGAUUCGGUAUCCUGAGGACCUGGAGUUUGUGUAUGAGACAGUGCAGAAUAUUUACAGUGCAAAGAAGGACAACACAGCUGAGUAGACUCUUGGGGACACUGCCCCUUGCUGCUGCUACCUUCCAGGGGAACCGGAUUCCUGGAGGACAUGUCUGAGGGUCCCCUGGACUCAGCACAGGACAGCCACUUCACCAGCAGCUGGCUGCCUCCCCAGUUUAGAUGGCGUGCACUCCUGCAGCCACAGACAAUGUUGCUCUCCGCUACACUAGUGAAUUCACUCGGCACGGUGUCCAGUGGCAUGGCUCGUCUGCUUGUCCGUGGUGACAGUGUGUGACAUUCUGUCUUCAUGAGGUCUCAGUCUCCUCUCUUCUUCAUCCCCUUCCCUCCCUGUGUCUGUCUGCAUUCGUAUCAGCGUUUCACCUGAUGGACAGAUGGGGUCCACAUUUGCAAUAAUUUCUUUCUGGUUCUCUCUGGAACACAGGCGCUCCUUAGUCAUGAUGCUGUCCCUUUGCCUCGGGUUAGGUACCUAUUCGGAGACAAAGGUCACGCCAUCUUGGACAUGGAGACAUGAACCGGCUAACAGAAGUUAGAACCUUUAGUUUUGGGUUUUGGGUUUUGGUUUUGGUUUGGUUUUUGUUUUGUUUUGCUAAUACAUGACACAGAUUUCACACAGUUUUGCUUCUGUUCCUCUUGGGUUUCUGCACAUUUCUGGCAGUCCUCAGUCUUCUGUUUUGUUACGUAGGAUUCUCUGAGCAAAUGCACAGUGGCCUUUACGAGUGAAUUUUUCCACAUUAGUCAGCUGUUCCUUUCUUUAAGAUGACUACCUUAAAGUUUAGAGAUCUACUCCAGUAUCAUGAGUGGAUCUCAAGUCAGGCAUGGUUCCUUUUAGUAGUGAGACCUACAGAUCUGAUGUUGAAAUGUUUGCUCUUAAAUAUUGUACUUUCUGGUCCCCAAAGACCAAAAGAAUGAGCUUUGACUCUUCUGAUAAAGUGAGCUGAUGAACUCUUAACUGAGGGAGAGAAGCGAUUCCCUGCCCCUUGUCAUCUGUAGAGUCCCUUCCAGACCCUCAUUUUUAAGAGUGGGAAGAGACACACAUGCUUUGGGUCUCCUGGGUGAGGUCUAGCCCCUGGCAACCCAACUGCUGCCUGAUGCUCCUGGUAGCAGUGUGAAGGGUCCGAGUUAGCUGCUCCCGCAUGUGCCACCUGUCAUUGCCCAGCAGGCCAACCUCCAGGAGUGGGCCCUCACCCUUCUGCUCUGCGUUUAACAUACCGCUGCUCUAGUGAACGGGGCUUUGGGGGCUGCCAGCCAGCUUCCCCACCUGCCGUCUGCAUGCAGUAUUCUCAUGACUCUAAACGACUGCUCCUUCAUUACCCUUUGUCAGUCCCAGGAUGACCCAGGAGGCCACCUAGUGACAAGGGGGCCAUUAGGCAGUUUCUAGAAAGAUAGGAGGUGGCUGGCAGUUCUUGCAGCUGAACUAGCUGUUGUCCAGCAUCUGUCCCUCACCAGUCAAAUGCAAAGUCUGGUUGGAACUUGCAUUUGGAAGUGUGAUCACACGCAGUAUCUGCCUGAGGUCAGGAUUUCACACUACUCAUUUAAAGGUGAAAAUCAACCAAUACAGAGUCACAGACCCACUCAUGGGACACGUUACUAAGCAGCCACGGAGCGUGCUGGGAGUUCCCAUUGUUGGGUUUCUGCUUUGAUUUCCUUAUCCCUUAGAGUAACAUCAAAGCCAACAAAGGUGGAUUUCCCUUUACUGACCCGACUGUAAAUAUGUAUGUAGACUGUUUAUAAUGUGUUUCUCCAUGGAUGCGUCUGGCUAAGCAAGCCUGUGUCACCUGUGCAAGUUGGUUAUUUGGGCACUUUAUAUUUUUCUAAAAAUGUGUUUUGGAUCCUGUACUCUAAUAAAUCAUAAGUUUCUUUUUAAAAAUUUUUCCAAAAGUUUUCUCCAUUUUCAAAAUCCCUGUUAUAAAAAGUAGAACUUUCGCAAUGUUAAAAUAUUAAAUAUUUGGAUAUAGUACCUUCUUUUCUCUUCAAAUGAAUGCCAAGAUUUUUUUGUACAACAUUAAUAAAUGGAACUUACCAAGAGAAACCACGCAAGUGGCCUGCCCAGUUUCAUUCAGAAACAAGGACGGGGCAGGAAGGAGGAAAGUAGGGUCUCGUGUCUCCUGAGCUGUGAGAGAACAGCAGCCGGCCCCAGUUUUUCUGUAUUACUGGGAAUGUGCUGCAAGUUUCUUGUUGGUCAUAGGCUCUCUGAGCUCUGGGAACCUUUGAGCAGCUGGUUGCAAAGUAAAAAAGAUUGCAUCUGUGUGUGAAAACCCAUUGUAUAGUAAGAACUGGAAACCGGAUUUGGGUGCCUUUUGUCACCAUUGACCCCCCCCCCCACAGUGCCUUGGAUGUGUCCUUAAGUCUGUUGUGAAGAUGGAAGGGAAGGUGGGACUAGUUAGCUGAGCUAGCACUGUCAAUUUCCAAGAGAGAGAUGAGACAAGGGGCCCUGACUUAGUAGGGCCUAGAACUUGCCCUACGUGUACACGUGCAUGUGCGUAUAUGCAUGUACCGUUCCAGGUCCAGGAUCUGUGGGAAUACUCAGAAAUGGGUUCAGUGAGACUUGUCAGUCACCAGUUGUCCGGACCUUGUCAGCAGUGUCACCCGCCCAGUCAGGUUUUAGAAGAUGGCUGCUGCCCUUUGCCUGACACCCUCACAGGCAUUGUGGUAGGUGUUUUGAUGCAGCAAAAACCUUCCUUCAGAGCCUGCAUGGAGUGCCCUUGUGAACUCUGCUCGUGUCACAUCGGCUUGAAGUCUUGUUCUGAAGUUUCCAUCUUUCUUACUGUGUUAAAGUGAGGCAUGCUACCACGUUCAGCCUCCAUUAGUUCCCUUUGCUAUAAAGAACAUUUCCUUUCUUUAGUCCCAACUCUCUAAGCAAAAGAAAUUGGACAACCAGCAACUUUCUCCUUUAAAUGCGUCUGUGACCAUUGGCACAAAGAUGUGACUCACCUUUGUUUAUUUUAUCUUGCUUUUUUUGGAUCGAAGGAGCCAACGUGCACUAGGCAAAAUGCAGAAUUGGGCCACAUGAUUUAGUUUUGGGGGAUGCUGAUGGCUGUUGUAUGUGUCCACUAUGAGGCCGCCAGAACCAGAUUAGUAAAUGCCUCAGUUCUUGCACACUG